CUAACAAUAAAAUAAGUAAUAAAUAAAAUAAUGAAUUUCCGAUCGUAAGAUUAACAAAAUGAACAUAUUAAGUGCGUUGACACUUCUUAUCACAACAUUGGCUGUGGUGAUUCAAAUAUACGGAAUAGACCAGGUUAAGCAGCUUCCCGAGCAACACGGAGAUAAAUUCUAUUACUUUGGCUUUGGAAGCAAUAUGUUGGCCAAACGAAUUCAUAUCCAGAAUCCAACUGCAGUGAUUGUGGGUCCCGCCUUGUUGGAGAAUUACCGCUUGGACUUUGCCAUGCCCAGUGGGUUCUGGAAUGGGGCAGUGGCCACAGUUGUACAGGAUGCGGACAGCCAGACAUGGGGCACACUUUGGGAAAUCGAUCUGUCCAACUUACCGGACAUUGACAACCAGGAAGCGGUUCACCUGGGCAAGUAUAAGCCCGUCAGCGUGCAAGUUAAGUUACCCAACAAUGCCACAGAGAUCCCAGCAAGACUUUACGUGAUAACAAAGGAGCCAGAGGGAAAUGUACGCGACAUGCCGCCUAAUGAGGUGCCUGAGGAUCGACAGCCCUCAAGGACCUACCUACAGGUUAUGGUAAAGGAAGCCAUUGAGAGUUCCAUUCCCGAGUGUUACGUAAAAUGGCUUAAGGGAUUUAAACACAACAACCAAACUGUAAAACAUUUAGAGGAACUUCUUGAGUUGCAAUCUGUAGAAUUAUAAAGCUGUCAACGGUUUUAAUAUCUGCUAAUAAACUGCCAGCUGAAAGAAA